UAUAUGAUCUAAAAAAAGGUAAAUUAAAUUAAAAAUAGAAAUCUAUUGACUCUUUCCGCAAGUCAAAAAUGCGAAAUUUCACAGGUAAUAAGAAUAACUAAGAUCGCGAAUUCCAAACCCUUGCCAAAACCUUGCUGCAGAACCAAAAAAUGGCUGGCUUGCUGCUGAUUACAGCACUUUUACUGUUCUCACCCAUGAUUUCUCUGGCAUUUUCCCCAGAGACUCCAACAGAUCAGCGGCUUCUCGUUCUUCUGGACGACCUCGCGAUCAAAUCUUCACAUUCCUUAUUCUUCAAAUCUCUGACAGAUCGAGGCUAUCAACUCGACUUCAAGCUCGCGCACGACCCCAAGCUCGCAUUACAGAGAUACGGAGAAUAUUUAUACGAUGGUCUAAUUCUCUUCGCUCCCUCCGCUGACAGGCUGGGAGGUGCCCUCGAUUUGCCUGCGGUUUUGGAUUUUGUGGAUUCGGGUCAUGAUCUGAUCCUCGCAGCGGACACAACUGCUUCGGAUCUUAUUCGCGACAUUGCUGCCGAAUGUGGAGUCGAUUUUGAUGAAGACCCAGCAGCUUUAGUUGUUGAUCACACCAGCUAUGCUAUUUCUAAAACUGAUACUGAUCAUACGUUGAUUGUGAGUGAUGAUGUAAUUGAUUCCAACGUUAUAUUGGGAGACAAAAAGCUUGAGGCUCCUGUUCUUUUUCGAGGCAUUGCUCAUUCAUUGAAUCCUUCGAACAGUUUGGUGCUGAAAAUUUUAUCUGCUUCACCUUCUGCAUAUUCUGCAAAUCCUAAAGCUGAAUUGUCUAGUCCUCCAGUCUUGAUAGGAUCUUCUAUUUCUUUGGUCUCAGUUGUGCAGGCAAGAAACAAUGCUCGGAUCCUCAUUUCUGGUUCCUUAGAUUUGUUUAGCAAUAAGUACAUGAAAUCCAAAGUUAAAAGAUUUGGCAGUUCAACCGAGUAUGCCAAAAGUGGUAAUGAGCAGUUUGUAUCUGAAUUGUGCAAGUGGGUCUUCCAUGAAAGGGGGCAUCUUAAGGCUGUGAAUGUCAAGCAUCAUAAAAUUGGGGAGAAUGUUGAACCUGCCAUGUAUCGAAUCACUGAUCACAUGGAAUAUUCUGUGGAAAUCUACGAGUGGACUGGGAAGGAUUGGAGGCCUUAUGUUGCUGAUGAUGUUCAAGUUCAAUUUUACAUGAUGAGUCCCUAUGUUCUGAAGACUCUGUCGCACAACAAGAAGGGUUUAUAUUAUACUUCAUUCCAAGUUCCUGAUGUGUAUGGUGUUUUCCAAUUUAAAAUUGAGUACCAAAGGCUUGGUUAUACAAGUCUAUCACUUAGCAAGCAGAUUCCUGUAAGGCCUUUCAGACACAAUGAAUACGAAAGGUUUAUCAUAUCUGCAUACCCAUACUAUGGGGGAGCAUUUUCCAUGAUGACAGGUUUCUUUAUUUUUGGUCUGGUUUUCUUAUAUCAUAAAUGAAAAAGGAUCAGGCGAGAAGGCUGUGCUGGGAUUCCAAUGACUAGUACAUUUCUCCUGGCAAUUUCCUAGGUGGUUAAGCAAAAUUUUAAUUGUCAAUUUAGGAAUACUGGCUAAGAGUGGCCACUUUUAAAUGUACCAUUUAAUUUUUGCUUCACUACAAUGAAUUUUCUGGUCAUUGUAAUUUCUUCUGAAUUUGGGUUAGGUCACUGUAAUUUCUCCAAAUUUUGCUAAUCUGCAAUGUCAUCUAUUUAGGUGGGAAGAAUUGAAGUCAACGCGAAUGGCUAGUUGCAUAUUUCCAUGUUUAAUUUUCAAAGAUUGUCAUCUUCAUCCUUAACCAAAAACAAAAAGCAGAACAAAAAUGCACCCAUAUCAUCCGACUUAUUAGGCAAAUAAAAUUUCUGGUUUUUAAAUUUA